AAAAAACAUUUCUAUCAACGCUUUUCGUUUAUAAACUUUUAAAAUGCGACCUCAAAAACAUUUCUAUCGCCAGAGACAAAUUUAACUUUUUUAGCCAAAUGACCUUUCGUAAAAAUACAAUCGCGUCCAUGACAAAAAAGUAUACACCAAGCAAAAAAUACAAAUAUGCUUUGUUAAACUAGGGAAUACCUGAAACAAACAAAUUAACUUUAAUAAAAGACUUUUUUAAAAAGAAAAAAAUUAAAUUAUACUGGCUAUAAAAAUCGUGGAGCUCGCGAAAAUAUUCAUGGGACACACAAUCCUUCGUGGUGUUAAUAAUAUUAGCGUGGUGGCUAUGAUAGAAUGUUUAAAUGUUUGUUAUACAAAAAGAACACAAUUUUAUUGUGGUUCGUGUGCACCACGCUUGUUACACGAACACGAUGUUAGCAAACCUUUUCACAGUACUGUAUACUUAAAUAUUUAAAGCAGAAUGUUACAUAUACCUGUUAUUUUUUAAAAUUACAAAUUAAUUAAAAAUGCUGUAGUCAUAAUUUCUAGAUUCCCAUAAUUAUUUACAUUUCAAAAAAAAACUCUGUAGUUGCUCCAAUCACAAGAUAUUUUCUUUCUAAAAAUGUUCUAAAAAUAUGUGGUUACUUUUCAUAUAACUACCCCUACCAAGUAACUUUAAAAGACUAAAUGAAAGAUUGCAUGUAGCUUUAGGUUGAAACUGGCCUAACUUAUAGGAUUAUCUAAAGAUCCAUCAUCCGGAAUAUCAGAAAGAUGUUAGGCCACUAUCACUAAGUGAAAAAGAAAAAGAAAAAAAUGAUUACAAAUCUCACUAUUGUAUAUUGUAUCAAAAAGUGAUCCCAGAUGAUAUAAAUUUCUCUGUCCUCAUAAUACAGCAGGCAACAAGUAUUGGUUUUGCAAGGAGAGGUUCUAUUGAGGACUCUAUCAUGAGUCUAUGAAUGGUUCUGCUUUUGUGGAACUGAGACUAGCAAUUUUAAGUCUUGCGUCCAACAUCUUAAUGAUAAAGAACUGUCAUUCCUAGAUGUGUACAUAGUUUAUAAUAAGAAAAUGAGUGUUGGAGAUAGAGAUGUUGGAGAUUAAAUUUUUUUUUUAAUAUGCUCAUAUUAGUUCUUGAUUGUUUCAAAUGUGUUUCCUUUUCAAGCUUACAAAUGUCAUGCGUGCAGAAAUUGUAAAUUUUAUCAAUUAUUAACCUUGUUUUAUUUGUACAAUUUGCAAAUGAUUUUAAUAAAUAAUGAGAAAAUUUACAAGUUAAUCAAAAUACUUUCAAUUUGUAUUAAAGGUGAAAUGAUCAUAAACGUCAUCCCUAAUCAUGAAAUUUUGAAAUCGUGAUACAAAGUUUAAUUGAUUUCACUUUGCUCCUUCUUUACUGUGGGUUUGUUUGCGUAGCAACUAGCGUUUACUUUCAGAUCUUUGAAAAUUUAAUUCUUAUUGAAGUUGCAUGCAGCUUACUGGCCUCUAACAUAUAUUUAUGUAUAUUUCAAAUGAUAUACUGAAAAGAAAUGCAAGACAUGUGGUCAAAUCUAUUCUGGUGCUAUACCCUUAACAAACCAGUUACAUUUAGAUGAAACCAGAUGUGCAGAUAUAUUUCACAGAUAUUAGGGAUGUUUGUAAAGGUGCGAUUAAACAGAUACAACAAGUGCAACAAGUGGCUGAAUUUCAGAAGGGCCACAAACAAAGACUGGCAAUGUUCCGUAAGCAUCAGUUAGCAAAAGCUGCAGAUAUGCUGAAUCAAGCCAAAGAAUUAGACAGAAAAUAUCGGCAUGUUGUUAAAGAGAACGAGCAGCUGAAGAAAUUUAUAAUGUCACAGGGAUACCAACCAAAAGAUGUGAUUAAUAGCGACAGUGUAUCCACGAACCCACUAACUCCAGUAGCACCAAAAACACCACAAAAUCCAAUCACGCCAUCUUUAUUACGAAGUUUAUCCAACCACUCUCUCAUGAGCAUUAAUAGUCAGUUUAACGAAUCUCCCAGAUCUUCGCAACAGAACUACAGAAGUCCUGCUGCAUCGUUACACCCAAGUCCUAUGAGAGUAAACGCGAGCCCUUCCAAUAGUACCAGAAGAAGCCCAGCUCUCACUUCACAUCAAGCUAGUCCAAACAGAAAUCAUCAUUCUUUUCGGAAUGCGUAUAAAACUUCCAUGAUUCAACGAAAUACUAACCCGAUGGUCACACCUGGAAGAAUUACAUUAAGAACACCGCCUAUAAACGGCAAAUUAGGUCCAAUAAGCUGUUCGCCUCUAGGCUCGUCUCCAAGGAACAAUGUGCCUAAUUCAAGUCAAAGACACAUGCGAUCGCCGUCACCACAAUCACGUUCGCUGACUUACUUGAAAAGCACAUCUAGUAAAAUUGCUCAAAACUUGAAUGGAAGAAGUGUGGCGUCACCCGUCCAUCCGCAAAUGUGUCAACAAUCUCGAACACCUGGAGAUGAACGCAGACCGAUACAGUUACAGAAUCCGAAGUCAGCAACUUUAAGCAGACCUAAUGGACCAAACAAAUAAUAAGACGAUAAUCAAUUUUUUCAUAUCAUGUUCAAGACUUUACAUAAGAAUCCUGCUAGUGAGACACAUGGAUUCUAAAACAAACUCAUCAAUCAAGCUGUUAUGAGAAGUUUAUUUUGUACAUACCUUAAAUCAGUUAAAAAUGUUAAAUUUAUUUAUUCUAUAUUUUAAAGAACAAAACACUUUACUCUACAAAAAAAUUGUUUCGUCGGCCAAGCCUGAAGGCUCGCGAUAAUAGCCCGUUAUAUAUCUAACUAAAUCUAAUUUAUAAAUACUGGUCGUUAGCCCGUGGAAAAAUCCACGGGUUCGCUUGUCGCAGCUAAGCUACCAUUUUGCGUGACAGACAGACGGACGGACGGACGGACACACGUAUACGGGCAUUAUAAUAUAGAUUAUUUAUAAAAUACUGAAUGAUGCUAACGAGUUCGUUCAAGUUUUGAGAGGUUCAAGUGAUUAGGUUCCUGUUGUUGCUACUGUGCCAUUUACAGCUUUCACUUACGUUAUAUACAGUUUCUGAUGAAACUUUGUAACACGUUGCAAGCGGUUAAAUUCUCAGCGAAGUUAAAUAAAUUUUACGAAUAUUUGAAAGACCGGUUUCCAUACAGCUGCAUUUUGCGCCCAGUCGUAAAGUGCGCCGCGACUUUUAUCACAUAUACCGAACCAUUAGCUACCAUUUAGCGAUUUUUGCUCACGUGUUUUUUGCAAAACAUGGCUGAUGUAAACAGACGAUAUUUGUUGCUGCAAAAUUUGAGAGGAAGUAGUCCUAGCAAUAUUUUUAUGGCGUAGAAAUAAACAACGUUGUAUAAUACGUAAGAAAAACAUGUGGAUGAGACGACUUUCCAUAGAAAGAAGAAUCAAAGGACUAUACAACGUUUUGCUAGAGGAUUUAAUGUUGUCAGAUCACGAGUAGUCUUUUUAAGUUUGUUUACAAUGUUGUUUCUUUGUGCCUCCACAGACUCAAUAAUGUUAUUUUGUUUUUCAUCUACUUCACUUGAUUGAUAUAUAUUCUGAUUCUCUACAUUCAUUUGGCUUUGACAAAAAUUUAACACAAACGAGAUGUUGCUAGCCAUCUUGAAA